UGUAGCUUGUUGAGCGCAGCCGGCGGCCACUGCUGUGGGGCGCGUGCCUACAGCCGCGUCGCGGAGACUCGCUGCUGCAUUCGCUUUUCUCCUCCUUCGGCUGCCACUUUGCGCAGGGUCCCUUUCCUCAAAGCAGGUCACGUUUCCUCCUCACCCACGGAGAGCCUUCCCUAAGUAGCUUGCCUGCCUGUUCUCAUCACUUGACCUCUGUGGGCUUGGCUGCUGCUUCACUCGACCCCCGAGGUGCUGUUCCCCUGCGGGACUUCGACUUUCGCUCGCCUCCUGGGGACCUGAGUUGCAGGCUCCAGCCAUCGCUGAGUUGCAGACUCCAGCCACCGCUCCACUACUCUCUUCUCGCUCCCGCAAGCUCGAGGGAAAGAACAGCUUUGCAAGCUCCACGUCGGUGCGCGCGGCUCAUCGGCCUUUUGCAAGGAUCCUCAUCAAAGCUCUCAAUAGCCACCAGCCAACGGCACUGCUUCGGCCGUCUUCCCCUCCCCCUCUCUCUGUGGAUGGAGAAGAAAAUGGGAAUGCGCCUGAGCCACAUUUGCUGCCUGUUUUAUCAACUGGGUUUCCUGUCAAAUGGGAUCACUUCAGGUCUGCAACCUCUGGAAGAAUCUGAGGAGUGGGAGAUAGUCUACCCAGCAUUAUGGAGCAGGGUCCAGCAAGAAUCCACUGGGGGAAGUGGUGCAGGAGGCAACUGCAGCCCUGAUGGAAACUGUGGUAACAGCAGUGGAAAUAUUAGCACGGCUUCUGCCUCCACUCAGGGCAUGGGAAGCUCCCGUGAAGUCCGCUCAGUUUCUUCAUCAUCUGCUGGGCAGCUACAGCUGGCUGAGAGAGAUUUAGAGGAUGAGGGCUCUGAGGAUGAAUAUGAAUCUCAGGAGUUUUAUCACUGGUCUCCUCUUCCUCAGGGAUAUAAUGCUACUUUUCAGCUACCACCUUCUCCACCUCAGGCACCUCCUUUGGAGGAUGGGGAUGAGUUGUUGCUGAGGAUACCAGCUUUUGCUCAGGAGCUCUAUUUGCUGCUCAAGAGGGAUAGCCGCUUCCUGGCACCUGGCUUUGCAGUGGAAGAACGACUUAGAAGUGAGAGAAGGAGCAUCUCAAGCUCUGAGCAGACUCAGACAGAGAGAUCCUGCUACUACAGUGGGUCUGUUCUAUAUUACCCUGGUUCCUUUGCUUCCUUCAGCACUUGUGGUGGAUUGAUGGGAUUUUUGCAGAUAAACGAGGACUUCAUAUUUAUUGAACCACUCAAUCAUACUUUAGCUGUGACAGGUCAUGCACACCGUGUAUACAGACGUAAAAGGUCCACACAUGAAAGAGAAAUUGAAAAGCCAACUUCUCACAGUCAGUACUGUGCUAUUCUUACUGAGAACAGAAAAUCCAAGGAUCAAAAAAAGGCAGAAGGUCGACGAGGAAAAAGAUAUUCCUAUAAAUUACCUCAAGAAUUUAAUGUGGAGACUGUGGUAAUUGCGGAUCCAGCUAUGGUUUCUUAUCACGGAGCAGAUGCAGCCAGAAGAUUUAUUCUAACAAUUCUAAAUAUGGUAUUUAAUCUUUUCCAGCACAAGAGCCUUGGAGUUCAAGUGAACCUUCGAGUGACUAAGCUUGUUCUACUUCAUGAGACUCCAGCAGAAAUGUAUAUUGGGCAUCAUGGUGAAAAAAUGCUGGAGAGUUUUUGCAAAUGGCAAUAUGAAGAAUUUGGUAAGAAAAAUGACAUCCAUUUAGAGAUGUCCACAAGCUGGGGGGAAGAUUUGUCACCAGUUGAUGCAGCCAUAUUAAUCACCAGGAUGGAUUUCUGUGUACAUAAAGAUGAACCAUGUGAUACUGUUGGCAUAGCAUAUUUGAAUGGUAUGUGCAGUGAAAAACGAAAAUGUAUCAUUGCAGAGGACAAUGGAUUGAAUCUUGCAUUUACUAUUGCCCAUGAGAUGGGUCACAACAUGGGAAUAAAUCAUGAUAAUGACCACCCAUCUUGUGCAGAUGGUCUCCAUAUCAUGUCUGGGGAAUGGAUUAAAGGGCAGAAUCUUGGAGAUGUUUCAUGGUCUCGAUGCAGCAGAGAGGACCUGGAAAGAUUUCUCAGGUCAAAGGCCAGUAGCUGCCUGCUGCAGACAAAUCCCCAGAGCCUCAAUGCUGUGAUUAUUCCUUCAAAGCUGCCAGGAAUGACAUAUACUGCAGAUGAACAGUGUCAGAUUCUCUUUGGACCAAGUGCCUCUUUCUGCCAAGAAAUGCAGCAUGUUAUUUGCACUGGAUUAUGGUGUAAAGUGGAAGAAGAGAAGGAAUGUAAAACAAAGCUGGAUCCACCAAUGGAUGGAACUGAUUGUGACAUUGGAAAGUGGUGUAAAGCUGGAGAAUGUACCAGUAAAAUGCCUUUCGCUGGACAUAUGGAAGGGGAAUGGAGUUCGUGGAGUGCUUGUAGCAGAACUUGCAACACUGGAAUCAGCAGUAGACAGCGUAGAUGCUCUGGUCCAGUUCGUGAAGGAAGGGAAUGUCACAGUUCUAGAAUGCAAUAUAAAAUAUGUGAGAAUCCCUCUUGUCCUCCUGGAAUACUUGCAUUCAGGGACUGGCAGUGCCAAGUCUUCAAUGUCAGGCCAUCCUAUCAGAAACAUGUGCAACAGUGGCAGGCUGUUAUAGAUGAUGAAAAGCCUUGUGCAUUAUUUUGCUCUCCAAAUGGAAAAGAUCAGCGUAUACUGGUGACAGAGAAAGUGAUGGAUGGAACUUCAUGUGGCCCUCAGAACCUAGAUAUAUGUGCAAAUGGCAGAUGCCAGAAGUUUGGAUGUGAUGGCAUAUUAGGAUCUUUAGCAUGGGAAGAUCAUUGUGGUGUUUGCAAUGGAGAUGGGAAAUCAUGCAGAGUUAUUAAAGGAGAUUUUAAUCAUACUCGAGGAACAGGUUAUGUGGAAGCUUUGGUAAUACCUGCAGGAGCAAGAAGAAUCAAAGUUGUGGAAGAAAAACCAGCUCAUAGCUACUUAGCUCUUCGAGAUGCCAGCAAACAGUCUAUUAAUAGUGACUGGAAGAUAGAACAUUCUGGAGCAUUCAACAUUGCUGGAACCACUGUCCAUUAUGUUAGGAGAGGCCUGUGGGAAAAAAUCUCUGCUAAAGGUCCCACCACAUCACCAUUACAUUUAUUGGUCCUGCUUUUUCAAGAUCAUCAUUAUGGUCUACACUAUGAAUACACUAUUUCCUUGGACCUCUUGCCUGAGAAUCAGAGUUCAAAAGUAUCUGAGCCACUUUUUAUGUGGACUCACUCAGGCUGGGAGGAUUGUGGUGCUAUAUGUGGAGGAGGAGAAAGAAAGACUACAGUAUCCUGCACAAAGAUUAUGAAUAAGAAUAUCAGUUUUGUGGACAACAAGAAAUGCAAAUAUUUAACAAAACCUGAACCACAAAUCCGAAAGUGCAAUGAACAGCCGUGCCAAACAAGAUGGAUGAUGACUGAAUGGACUCCAUGCUCAAGGACAUGUGGAAAGGGCACUCAGAACAGACAGGUAGCCUGUACUCAGCAACUUAGAAAUGGAACCUUAAUCAGAGCACGUGAGAAAGACUGUCUUGGACCAAAACCUACUCCUUCCCAGCGCUGUGAAGGCCAGGACUGCAUGACGGUGUGGGAAGCUGGAGUCUGGUCAGAGUGCUCUGUAAAAUGUGGCAAAGGAGUACGGCAUCGAACUGUGAGGUGUACCAAUCCUCGAAAGAAGUGUGUCUUAUCUACGAGACCUAAAGAAGCAGAAGACUGUGAAGACUAUUCCAAAUGUUACGUCUGGAGAAUGGGAGACUGGUCUAAGUGUUCCAUCACCUGUGGCAAAGGAAUGCAGUCAAGAGUAAUCCAGUGCAUGCACAAGAUCACGGGAAGGCAUGGCAAUGAAUGUUUUUCAUCUGAAAAGCCUGCAGCUUAUAGACCCUGUCACCUACACCCCUGCAAUGAAAAAAUUAAUGUCAACACAAUUACAUCGCCUCGCUUAGCUGCUUUAACAUUCAAGUGCCUUGGAGACCAAUGGCCUGUGUACUGUAGAGUAAUACGAGAGAAGAACCUUUGUCAGGACAUGAGGUGGUAUCAGCGUUGCUGUGAGACAUGCAGGGACUUCUAUGCACAGAAAAUGCAACAGAGGAGUUGACUACUGGCACGCAGGCUGGCUAGCUCUCCACUCUUCACAGUCACAUUAUUUAUAAGCACACACAAGCAUGCUUCUUCAGACCAAAUAUUAUCAGAUCUACAUAUAAUUUAAUCAAAUUAAUUUAUUUUGCCUGCCAAUACAUUGUUUAUUUUGGUUAAAUAGCAGUUUUUUUUAUCUACAGAGAUUCCAUAAUUAAUUUUAUAUGAAUUAUUUUGGAUACAUUUAUCAGAUUUUUUCCUAAAAAAACAAAUACUAUUUUAAAUGUUUAUAUCAGCAGGGUAAUGUGCCUCUGCCCCACCCAUACCAAAAUGGAAAUAGUCAGUAUAGUACUGUGUGUAGUUAGAGGUGCUAAUCCUGAUCACUUGAAAGCAAUGAAAUGAGCAUGCUUAAUUGUCUAUUGCAUUGUGCCAAAUAACAAGUUAUCCUGAAUUUUUUUAUUUAGCCAAAUAAUGUUGUGGUAUAACUGUUGGUGCACAGUGACCAAUUGACUUCAAAUAAUUUGGGGUGAGUUAAAAGAAACAACAUGAAAUAGAAAAAUUUACUAAGGGCGUUCUCUGAAAUUCAGAACUUCACCAUGCAGUGUGCCUCCACUGUUCCCAGGAAUGUGUUUGUAUGGCAAAUGUAAGAUGCAAUCCAGAACAUCUAUGCACAGCUACCCAACAUCCAUUUGCUAGCCAUCACAAUAAUGGGAGUUGCUUCAGGGAAGUUUCAACUAGUGCAAUUGCCCACCAUUAGUUGGCACCUGGGAAACCUAGACUGAUGGAAAUCUGUGUGUAGGCAAGAAAUUAUUUUAAACAAAUGUUCAACUUAAAAGGCAUCCUGUUAAACAGAGCUUCUGCCAGAAAUGAAAAGUUACGGUUAGACUUAUGCAUGACCUUAUUCCCUGAUGUUUGUAGUUUGUUAAAUCUCUCGAGGCAGCCAUUUUGUGGUUGCACCCAUCCUCUUGUGUCAGAAUUUAAAAGGUGUUCACAACCUGGAAAAGGUUGCCAACCACUGAUGUAUAUACAACACAUUCUCCACAUAACUGCCUUUAGGGACUCCUGGGACACCUCACAUAGGUGGGACUAGUCAUGCCUUUAGAAACAUACUGUCGGAAAUAAUCUACUGUAAUUUAGAAGUUUAAUGAACAAAAACAGACAAAAUAACAAAGUUGGAAUUUUAUACAUUUGCAUGAACACGUACUUGAACACAAGUAUUGAAUCAACUAAACACUGUAAAGAUUUACACUGAAUCUCUGUUGCACUGUUUGAUAUAGUGUAGAGAAACACCUUUCUAGAGCUCCUAACAACUGAUGAAAGAAGUCUGUACUGUUUUAAUAUGUCAUAAAUGUUUUACACAAGAAAUCCAUAUCUAGCUUUCAGUGCUUGUAAGUUCUUCAUGGAGUUGUACAAAUGGGAAGACACCUAACAAUAUGAAUUGGACUAAAUUUUCAGGUUAAAUUUUUUUUAAGUUAGUUUUGUGACAAAGUUCUAUUUUUUUAAGAUCUCUAUAAAGAUACUGUUUUACAGUUUUGUGAAACAUGGACGAGACUUCUAACAUUUUCCUUAUGAGAAAAUAUUGUACAUAAGUCACAUGAUUUUAUAACUUCAAUAAAAUAUAUACAGUUGUCUUCA